AUGGCUCCAUCUGUCCAUCUGGUCCUUCUCGUCCUUCUCAGCCUGGCGGAGACUCCAGCCUCUGCUCCUGUCCACCGGGGCCGAGGAGGCUGGACCCUCAACAGUGCUGGCUACCUCCUGGGUCCCGUGCUCUCCCCUCCCCUGAGGGCUGACGGAGGCCGGAAGGAGAAGACAGCCCUCGGGAUCCUAGACCUGUGGAAGGCCAUUGAUGGGCUCCCCUAUUCCCAAUCUCAGCUGGCCUCCAAGAGGAGUCUGAGCGAGACUUUUGCCAAACCAGAGACUGUAGAUCCGGGCAUGCCCGGCAAGAGAGUCCCCAAGGAGGAAGACGGCCUGCGUUCCGAGAUGUCACCACACGUCUGCUCCAAACCUUUCCCUCUCCAGCUCCCGCUGAAACCCUACGUAGUCACCCUCUCCUGA